AUGGGCCUGCAGCAAGGGGAUAUAUCAGUAAGGGAAUACGAAGCUAAGUUUAAUGAGUUGUCUCGCUUUGCUCCUUCCCUGAUUGUGUCUGAGCACAUAAAGUGCCUCAAGUUUGAAAGAUGGUUUAAAGGCGUAAUUCGGAAGUCAUUGGUGGCCUUAAGGCAUCAAGUCUACAGUGACUUGGUUGUAGCGACCAACUGUGUCGAACAAGAGCACAUUGCUUUCCUCCAGAGUAGGGAAACCUCAGGCAGAACUUCAGGAGGACCCCAGAGAAACAAUAGAAGAAGCUACGAUCAGGGGGAAGGUAGUGGGGGAGUACCUAGCAGUAGUAGCAGCUCUUUGGGAAGUGGGAAGAGUGGACCCUACAGUUCCAAGUGCCACCAUUGUAGGGAGUUAGGGCAUAUAAAGAGAAACUGUCCUCAUAGGUCAGGAAACCAGAGACCCUAUAACAAUGGUAAAGGAAAAGGGAAAACUCAGGGACAGAUCCAUACCAGGGUCGGAGGAAAUUUUGGAGCUCAUGCCGGAAACCCAGUUGUUGAGCAUAUGAUACUCAUCUCACACUCUUUCGCCCGAGUCUUAUUCGACACUGGUGCUACACACUCGUUUAUUUCCACUUCUUUUGUGAAAGUUUUGGGUUUGAAACCCGAGGACCUAGAGACUUCAAUGUUCAUGAACUCUCCACUGGGAUGUGUGGAAAUGACUAGCAUAUGUCAGUCGUGUGUAAUCACAAUUGGAAGUGAGAAAUUAAGGGCAGAAUUGAAUGUCCUUCCUAUGAACUUGUUUGAUGUAGUGCUUGGAAUGAAUUGGUUGUCAAGAUACGAGGCGAUUGUUGAUUGCCACCGUAUGAGAUUUACCUUGACUACCGGUACUAGCACGAUAGUAACAUAUCAAGGAGGUGUUAACCCGAUUACGGAGGAAUGGCUAUUGAAGCAUAGUGUCAGAGGACGGCGGAACUUAGCUUCUUUUCUUUUCACAUUAGACGGUGAAUCUGGCAUCGCUGGGAAGAAUGUUGAGGUCCUCGUGGUUGAUGAGUAUACGGAUGUAUUCCCUGAUGAGUUGCCUAGUUUACCACCCGACUGA